AUGAUUCCCAAACCAGUCAUCACCUUCCUCUACCUCCUCGACCUUUUCCAAUACACCUUCUGUUUCCUCCUCUAUCGCAUCGGCCUGAACCCAUCCUUUGAAACGGAGCCGACGCCAUGGGAGAACCAGGAGCUCCUGUUCUUGUCCCUCAACAUCUCCAUGGACUCCACUGCCGAGUCUCUUAAGAGGAAGCUGCCUGUUGUUGACUACAAGAGCUUCCUCAAGAAGAAAGAAAAAUCUCCGACGACGGAGUGUGCAAUCUGCCUUCAGUUCAUGGAGGCGAGUGACCAGGUUCGGGAGCUUAAGAACUGUUGCCAUGCAUUCCAUGUGGAUUGCAUGGACCGGUGGUUGGACCUCGGCCGGCUCAGUUGUCCGCUGUGCAGGACAGCGGUGGUUCCGGCCGAGGCCGGCCGGGGAGGGCCGCUUUCGGUUUUGAAGCUGGAGAUCUUUGCUUGGGUUGUUUGCUGGGGGUUUGCUGUUUCCGUGGUUCGGGUUCCCGUGGGCUUUUUUUUGGUGGUUCCUUUUUUCUGUCAAGCUGAAGAUCAGGAUACAGAGCCUUAUGUUGAUGUUAAUUCUGGAGUGGACUAG